UGGCCACAACACUUACUUACUUAGUGAUGUGAACGCGCAGCGGUUGGACCUGCACACUCGACAAUGGCCCAAACCCGCAACUUACUGAGUCUGCUGUGCCUGCUGGUGCUGGUGUCCGGACACCGGGCCAGCCCGUCGGACGCCAACCGGACACACUCGGUCAUCUUCAGUCCCGUGCGAUCGAAGGCGGUGCCGCUCGUGCAGCCGGAACCGAAAGCCGACGAUGGCUUCGACUACUUCAGUGUCGUGUCCAGAUUUUUGCCAACCUCGUCCAAAGUCAGCGAGGCGUGUCGUCUGGACAGUCUGGCCGUCCUCCAAGCUGUCAAAACGCUCGAGCCGUGGGCGCUCAAAAUGAUUGAUGCAACAGCAAAGUUGCCGUCGGGCCUGCUUUACGGCAACAUCAAGAGCUACGGCCAGUUUGACGAAUGUCUGGCCGUCGUUUCGAAAGGCCAAAGACAGUUCACAGGCCAAUACUGUUUGGCCAACGUGCAUUUGAAGGCAUACGAAGAGUCAGUGGACAGAAUUCUGGACGCAGCCACCCUCAGACGUCGGCCCCUUGAAAUCACUUACAACAGGACCAAUAUGCCGGUGCCGGACCUGCUGCCGUCCAUGGCUUUGUUCCAGUUUGCAAGCUGCGUUCCGUCAUCUUGCACCCCUGAGGACGUGCAGAUUGCAAUGACCGAGGCCUUGCAAUGGGCCGUCAAGCCUACGGGACUCAGGGCGUCAGUCCAGGUUUACCCUGAAUCCUGUACGACCCUGACAUCCAAGCCCUUCACCAAAGGAGAAGUCGCGAUGAUACUGGUCAUCAUCAUAUUUCUGCUGCUCGUCUUCCUCAGCAGUGCCUACGACAUUGCUCAGCUGAAUUACGUGGAAAGUGAGAGUCCGAUUGGAAAGGCGAUGGUUGCCUUUUCCGUGCCUAGAAACUGGACUCGACUAUUCAAAUUGGACGUCACUCAACCUGGAGUCAUUGGGUCGCUUGACGGAAUCCGUGUUUUUAGCACACUUUGGGUCAUCAUGACCCACAAGAUCCUCUACUUCGCACAGGAGCCGUGGAUAAAUAAAUUGGAGCUUGUUGAGGCUCUGUCCAGCCUGAUUAAAAUGCCGCUGAUCAACACCCUAUUGAACGUGGACACCUUCCUGCUCAUCUCGGGACUGCUAAAGGCGUACCACUACCUUCGAGACCUCGAAAACAAGCGGUUCAGUUUCAUCUCGUGUUACACCCGCCGUUACCUAAGACUUACUCCGGCCUACAUGGUUGUGCUCGGCUUUUAUGCAACCCUCUUGGUGCGCCUGAGCAGUGGGCCUGCGUGGAACAAGUUUGUGGAGCAGCCCACCGACGCUUGCAAAACCAACUGGUUCUACAAUCUCAUCUACCUCAAUAAUUACAUAGACAACAGAAACCAAUGUAUGGUCCAAACAUGGUACCUCGCCAUGGACUUCCAGUUGUGCUUGUUGGCACCCCUCAUAGUUUACCCCCUGUGGAAAUGGCCCAACGUUGGCAAAUUCCUCUUCACCUCAGUGGCGCUCUUGUCAAUCGCCAUUCCUUUCCUCACCAUCUACUGCUCCAGAGCGAUCCCCUCGUACAUUCUCGGAGCCUCCGACAUUGACAUCGAGUGGUACAUGCAGAACAUUUACUUUGUCACUCAUCAACGAGCCAGUCCUUACAUAAUUGGUCUCGCUUUGGGCUACAUUUUCUACCGACUCAACACCACCAAAGUCAAGCUUUCCAAGGUCACAGUGGCUGCUGGUUGGGCACUGUGUUUGGCCGUCCUGUACGCGGUCGUGUUCGGCUCGUACGACAUUUUCCAGUACGGAAGGGAAAACGAUUCAAUGGAGGCGGCCCUAUACGGAGGCCUUCACAGACCUGCCUGGGCCCUUGCAGUAGGUUGGAUUAUUUUUGCCUGCAACUGCGGCUAUGGAGGAUGGAUUACGACCUUCUUGUCAGCAAGAGUGUUCCAGCCCCUCAGCAAAUUGUCAUACUCCAUCUUUUUGACGCACUACAUCGUCCUGAUGGUAAACACAGGAAGAAUGCGCACUGCAGUUUAUGUCGAUGAAUACACGUUGUUGCACAUGUUCCUCGGAGACAUUCUUUUAGUCUUUGCAAUUUCAUUGGUGCUUUACCUGUUUGUCGAAGCGCCACUUUUUGAGCUUGUGAAAAUCUGCUAUGGACACAAAAAGGGCAAUAGGAAGUCAUUAAGUUCGACCCCAGCGAAGAACGAGUUGGACUCCGUACACGUGAACUCAAAGAUUGACACGCAGCUGACCAGGUUAUCAUCAUCACCAGCGGAGAGGCCGUGACCUGGCAGCGAUAAUUAGAAUUUUAAAUUAUUUUUAAUGUGCCUGUCCAUGUGAAAAAUGACGUGUGCCUAUUUCCAUAUCCUGUGCAGAAAAACUAUAUAUAUAAUUAAUUUCAAUUGUGAUGAUUUUUAGGAAAAUAUGUAAUAAUAACAUGGUGCGCCCAAAUCGAAAUAGCCAUACAUGCUGGGGCACUUUUGAGUUUUUCAAAGAGUCCUUUUUCUCUGUAGCUAGAUGUGUGUCUGUAAAUAGUUUUGUAAAUAUCGCCUAGGAUUUUUUAAAAUGCCACAAAUUUGCCUUUCAACAAUGUGAUAAACGAAGGCAAAGAGCUUAAUUGUCUUCGAUAAAGUUCAACACCACAUUAUUUUAUAGUUCUCAAACUUCAGAGUGAUUAUUUUUCUCAUUAUGUUUUAUUUGCCUACUUAAAAUUUGUUUGGAGUUCUUGAUACAAAAGUGCGUUGUUUAGAAAUAAAAAUAAAAUGUGAAAGAUUGUAACA